AUGCAAGAAACUAAAACAUAAAAAUUAAGAGGUUUUAGAGAUAUAAUAAUUCCAAAAAAAGCCCAAAAAAGUCAUAGUAUUCAAAAAAGCUGCUAGAAUAGAUUCUUUAUAAUAGAAGGAAUAAAAAUGUUGAAUCAAACAAAUAAAUUUAAACAAUAAAAAGAAUGUGAGUCUUAAAGAUUAAGAAGAAAUUAAUUUUUUAAUUUGUUUAAACAACAAAAAAAUUCAUUAAAGAUAGAUAAUGGAAAAACAAUAAACAAUACAUAUUUCACAAGAAAGAAUUAUACUCAAUAAAAACCCUCUGUUUUAAAUUUUGAGUUUUCAUUAGAUUAGAAUGUCUUUAGAAAUCAAUCUAUUGAUACAAAUACAAAUAGGAAAUCUUAGAGGUAUAAAUAGAAGAGAAGAGAUUCUGAAAUGACUGAAAGAGAAAGAUUCUAUACUGUAUAAUUUACUACAAAAUCUGAAGGAAAAUAUUAAACUAGAAAUCAUUUUGAAUUGAAUGUUCUGAAAUACUAAAAGUUACAGAAUUCUCUUUAAUUGAGUAGUGAUUGCAAACAAAAAUAUCAAAUAUGAAAAUAGAAAAAGC